CCCAGGACCCUGCAUUCACUAUAUCUGGUCUCCCACACCCUUCAUUUGCAAUCUGCUUUAUCGUCCGUAAAAUAAAUGGAAGUGCUACUAAACCCAGGACCCUGCAUUCACUAUAUCUGGUUUCCCACAGUACACAGAACAUGGAAAUGUAAUUAUUUUAGUAAAUGUAAACUGCUAAAUACCUUUUCUCAUCAGCAGUUAGAGCAGUCUUGUGGCGUCUAUCAGUGUCCAGUCCAGCACUAGCUUGUAGCUCAAGUUUUCCUUCUGCUCUAG